CUCUUUCUGUGUCUUAAAGCAGGAUUUCCUGUUCUCAGACAUGUCUUGCCAUGCUUCAGACCAUUAUCACAAUUAAGAGAAAAUAAAUCCUAUUCACAAACAAUAUCGAAGGAGAUUCUGCAUCUAUCAUCCAUCUCGGCCAUUACCGCCAUUAUUGCUUAUCACUUGCUUGACGAUGCUUCUACUCCAGCCGUUGAUAGGUCUCUUGCUGAUCAGCCUUGCUCAUGGCGACUGCCCCAUUUUGUUCAGUCCUGUUUAUGUGGUUGUUGAAUAUGGAAAAUCAUUUUCAGUGAACUGCUCCUCCACCGGCGAAACAGACCAGUUCGGCUUGAGUUGGGAAAAAUCUAAUGAAACAAUAGAGAACAAUGAAGACAUCUUCAUAAGUGUGAAUGUGACAGACUGGGAGAGGACGCUAACUUGUUACAUGUACUCUAAUGAAGCACUGUGUUCUCAGAAUCUUCCAGUUACCAUUUACAAGACUCCAGACAAUGUGUCCAUCAGCAUUGUGAAUCACAGAGGACCAAUGAUAGCGGGACAGCAGUAUGAGCUCCAGUGUGAUGUUCACGAUGUGGCUCCUGUUACGGAGCUCACUGUCAAAUGGUAUAAAGGACAGACUCUGCUGGAUCAAACCACCUUCACUGAGGAUAGCAAGACUCCAGUGAAUGUAAACCCCUCACUCCUGAUCCGUCCAGACAGAGAUGAUGAUGGAGCUCAAUACUGGUGUGAAGCAGAGCUGGAUCUGGGAGAAGAUGGACCUCAAUAUCCUACAAAAUCUUUGGAAGCUCUCAGUGCUGAAGUACACUAUAAACCAAAACACUCCAGUUCAACAGAGACCAUCAUUCAAAAGGAUGAGGUCACGCUAAACUGUACAGUGAAGGCAAACCCGGCUCCUGUGUACAUAUGGUACUCAGAUCAUCUGAAAGAGGAGAUCAGCUCCUCAGUGCUCCAGUCCUCCACACUCAGUCCAGGAAACUACACGUGCAACGCCACAAACUCUCUGGGAACUGACACCAAAGUGUUCAUCAUCAAGUCAGAGCUUCAUCUAUCCUUUUCUGUAGAGAAUCAAUGUCCUGUUCAGCUCAACCCACAGAGAGCUGUUGUGAGAUACAACGGUUCUGUAGCAGUUCACUGUAGCGCUUUAGUCUCACAUAAAGGGAUUGGAUGGGAAGCCAGUGAAGGAGCAGUGCCCAAAACCAGUAACAAUCUGAUCACAUGGAGAGUGUCACACCUGACAGAAUGGGAGAUACAGCCAUUCUGCUUCAUAAACUAUGAGAGACAGUGUGACGUAAAACUCCCAGUCAUUAUUUACAAGACUCCAGACAAUGUGUCCAUCAGCAUUGUGAAUCACACAGGACCAAUGAUAGAGGGACGGCAGUAUCAGCUCCAGUGUGAUGUUCACGAUGUGGCUCCUGUUCAGUAUCUCGCUGUCAAAUGGUAUAAAGGACAGACUCUGCUGAAUCAAAUCACCUUCACUGAGGAUAGCAAGACUCCAGUGAAUGUAAACCCCACACUCCUGAUCCGUCCAGACAGAGCUGAUGAUGGAGCUCAAUACAGAUGUGAAGCAGAGCUGGAUCUGGGAGCAGAAGGACCUCAACCUCCUCCAAAAGAAACAUCAGACCCUCUUUACAUUACUGUACAUUAUGCUCCAAACAUUCAGUUUUGUAACAGCUGGUCACCAUUGACAGGGACCUCAUUGGAUUCAUAUCCUUUAAACGUAAAUUCUGUUUUGGGUAAUCCUCGUCCAAUCAUCUCCUGGAGACACAAAGCAUCAUCAGUCAACUCCUAUCUGCCUCUUACCAAAUUUGAUUCUGGCCAAUAUGAAAUCAUUGCCAGUAAUGUCCUUAGUAAUUUCAGUUGUUCUAUAAACAUCACAGUAGAGUAUCCUCCAGAACUGAACUGCAGUGAGAACUACGAAGUAAAAGAAAAAACACUCUUCCAAUUUCCUUGCAUAGCUGAUGGAUCCCCAAAGCCUAAAUUAUCCCUCCGCAAAAACGGAAAUAUUAUCCAGCAUGAAUUGUUUUUCCCCAAUUGGACUCAUAGUGGCCAGUAUCAAGUAAUCGCAGAAAACCAACGUGGAACUAUAAAUUCUACAGUCACCAUCAACAUCCUACAUGCCCCAAUGAUUUAUGUCAGACAGGAUAAGUUUGUCGUGGGAAAAGGCGGAAACCUAAAGCUAAAUUGCACAUCGACUGGUAAUCCAGAACCUAAGAUGUGGUUGAGCUUCAAUAAUAAAAACAUCUCCACUGGGGGGCGCAACAUAACCCUAAAAAUCGAGAGAGCCACGUCUAAAAAUGAUGGAAUCUAUACAUGCAGUGCCAUCAAUGUAUUUGGACGGAAUGACAAAAGCUUCGUAGUGGAGAUAAGAGAUGACUCUCUCAACUACUUUGCUAUUGUUGCUUUGGUACUGGGACUGCUUGUUUUCUUCCUAAUUUUAGUAGUGAUCGUAUUGCUGCUUAUGAGAAAUAAAAGAGGACAUUAUGAUUUACAGUCAGUGAAGCAGUAUGAAAUGCAACCAUUGGGCAAUGGGGGCCCUGCGUGAGUUUAUCCUGUUUCAAUCAGAUGAAUUAUGCUUAAAUUGAAAAAAGAUAAUAUACUAAGCAUCGUUCAGUUUACAACAAAUAAAUAACAUUCUAUAAAUAUCUGUGGUAUAAUGUGUGAAGUUUAAUAUUGUAUAGCAUGCACUUGUGUAUAUGAUAUGGAAGGUAUUUUUCAGUGACCAAGAAGAAUGUUUGAGAUGAAUAAAAAAAUAUUUAAAAUGUAUUAUCUUGUCACAUGAAAACAAGUUUUCUGUAUUUUGGUCAUGGUUCUGAUUUACUAGUGUAAAGAAAAAGGUUUAUUUUGUGUUUAUAGCUGUUUACUUUUUAUUUUUUGAGAGAGAGAAAGAGCUGAUGGAUAAUUUGGAUAAUUUCAAGGCCAGAAGUGUUUUUUUUUUCUGUGUUAAACAAGUUUGACAGUCUGUAUUGGGAGUUAUUUUAAGUAAUCUGCCUGUUUUCUUUUUCUUUUUUUUAAAUAUCUAUAAUAAUGAUGGUGCAAUACAUGAGAAAAAGUCUGCACAAUUAUCAAACUGCAAAAUUUUGAAAUAAAAUAUUUUUAAACAA